AUGGAGAGCGCGGCCAAGCGCAAAGCCGCGAGCGCCGCUGCGGCCGAGCACGACAAUCGCCCUGCGAAGCGACAAAAAGGGACGGCCGACACCAAUGCGACCUCGGAGACGGUAGAGUCGACCACCACAGCGGGCUUGAAGUUCCUCGAAAGCCUGAAGCAGGCCAAAGACAAGACCGGACGGCCCAUCGCUGUUCACUUCCUCACGCUUCCGGACAAGGACGAAGUACCCGACUACUACGAGUACACGAAGCUGCCCAUCGCCAUAGAUACCAUUGAGGUGCGUUUGCUGUCUCCUCCCAGCCAGCACAUCCGGCUUCGAUACCACCACAUACUUUGCAUUGCCAAAAAACUGAACGAUGGGGAAUACUCCAGCCUUGCUCAAGUCGAGAGCGAUUGCAAGCGACUGGUCAACAAUGCAAAGGCCUACAACGACAAGAAGUCGGUCAUAUACGAGGAUGCCGAGCGUCUACGCAAGACGGCCUCGAACUGGAUGGUCAAGAAUAACCCAGCGUAUCGAGAUGGCAACUACGUCGCAGUCGCGACACCAAUCCCCGGCGAAGACAACUCGACCCCGUCAAAACCCUCGCCCCGCGUUACGUCAACACCCAAAAUUCCCCAGACACCCACCACCCAGGACAUUACCGAGCGCCCUCGACGAGCGGCUGCCAUUGCAGCAUCGGCCACGCCAGCGCCGUCAAAACUGCGACAGUCGGCGUCUGUAGCGCCCGAUGAAGAUGAUGGUGAUGACUACACGGGCAAGACAUUCCAGCAGGCACAGGAACAGAUUGUACGAGAGAUUCUCGAGUAUGAGGACCAAGGCCUACAGAUAUUCGUUCCCUUCCAAAACCUCCCAUCACGGAGCUUGAAAGACUACUAUCAACUAAUCAAGGAUCCCAUGUCGCUAUCUGCUAUACAGAAGAAAGUUCGCGGAGUCAUUGGGCGCGAAGCCCCUACCGGCCAUACUCUUUUCAAAAGCUGGGAUGCUUUUGAGAGUGCAUUCAGUUUGAUCUGGAAGAACGCUCGCAUCUACAAUGAAGACGGAAGCGAUAUCUACAACCUCUCUUUGGAGCUCGAGGAAACCUUCUACAAGAAACUCGAAGAAGCCAAAGCAAAGGUCCCUGAGCCGACACAACCGAAGCUCAAACUCAACAUGUCCACGGCGGCAUCAGCCCCGAAGCAGCAAUUGAAGUUGAAAUUGAAACCAAGUCCAGGCUCAGAACCCAAUACUCCAAGUGCCCGUGAUUCUGCGACUCCGGGUGUCAUUGUCGAUAAUGACGCUCUCUUGCGACAGCAACGACAUGUACUCAACAGCAUGGGCAAUCGAUCAUCACGGGCCCCAUCGGGCGAAGCAGGGACGCCGGGUCCAUCGUCUAAUCCAUUUGUUGGAUCCAAGGGCAGCGCUUCGGUGGUCCCUCCAUUGCCCGCUACUCAAGGCAGAAAUGCAGGAUCUCCUACAGUCAAUGGUGUCAAACAAGAUGUACAGUCUCCGGCGUUGAGCGCGAUAAGGCCUGCAAGCACCGCGCCCGAUAACGCACGGCUUAGUGUUCCAGCACAAACACCACAUCCCAACAUGGCACCACCCCAGAACAUGUCGCGCACGGCCAGCGGUAGUCCACAUCCAAACGGUCUUGGCCUGCAGAAUGGCGGCUACAUGCCACAGCAACAACCGCAAAGCUAUCAGGCGCCUCCUGUUGCACGUGUUGAUUGUUUCAGAAAGGCUCCGCUAAAGAGUCAUGAAGAAGCACUAAUACCCAAAAUCACACUCAACACGCAUCCUGCGCUCACCGCAUCAAAGCCAUGGUCGGUUACCAUUCUUGCUAACAAGCAAAAGACGACAUACAGCGCUACCAUGGUCGUUGCACCCAUCAAUUCUUACAUCCAAAUCAUACCCAAGAUCCCCAUCGCGCUCACUAACCGGAUGUACCGCCUAUUCGUAACUGUCAACGGCAAUAAGACUCUCGAGGCGAACCGCGUUCCCGUCACCGCAGGCAUCAAUGGCGCGAGCCCAGGACCCGGCUAUGAAGGUGGCAAGAAAAAGGGCGAACCAUUGUUCGAGGCAAAACUGCUCGGUGGCGUGAAUCGCAUCGAAGUCGAGAUUAUUGCAGAAAAGGAGCGCAAAGACCAGCAGCCCACAGAAAACGGCGCCGCAGCAGCAAAGAAAGAAGACGUCGAAAUUGAAAAGUGCACGCUUUUCCUGCAUCUGCCGCGACAGUCGACGAACUAG